AUGGCAGUCAAGACUUCCUUCACGAGCUCCAUCUCCCUGACCCAUAUUACGACUGCCACCGUAAUCCUCGAGAUUGACGGCGUCACUUUCCUCACUGAUCCUGUCUUUGGCCCGGCCGGAGUGGAGCACGACAUCACCCACCUUUUCCCCGAUGCCAAGGAACAGCUGGUGACCAGUAGUCUGGAGGAUCCAGCUCUGGGCUUAAACCAGUUGCCCCCAAUCGAUUCUGUCCUGCUCAGCCAUGAAGACCACUGCGACAACCUCGACCCCGUGGGCCGUCAGCUCCUCGACGGCCGCCAUGUAAUCACAACGAUGGACGGAGCCAAGAACCUCGCGCCGCGCCCCGGCGUCCACGGCAUCAAACCUUGGGAGCUCCAGACUCACAACAUCCGCGGUGUCCAGUACGAGAUCACAGGCACCCCAUGCUGCCACCUCCCUGGCGGCGAAGUCACUGGCUUCAUCCUUCACACCGAGGCAUUCGGCCACGCCGCCGACGGCCGCCAGAAUGCCGUCUGGGUGACGGGCGACACCAUCUACCUCGAGGAACUGCAGCAGAUGCAGCAUAAGUACCACAUCAAGCUGGCUGUGAUGAACCUGGGCGCCGCUAAGGUGAUGCACCCCGGCCAAGCUACGCCGCUGCAGAUCACCAUGGGCGGUAGCGAUGCUGCACGCUUGGUUCGCGAGAUUGGCAUCGAGCGCAUCGUCCCCGUCCACUUCGAGUCAUGGCACCAUUUCACGGAGUUUGGAAAGGAGCUGCGUGAAACCUUCGAGAAGGAGGGCAUUCUCGACAAGGUUUCUUGGGCGGUGCCGGGAAUCAAGACUCAGAUCCUUUGA